UCCCGGGACAGACCCCGUGUUCCCCAAGGCGCCCUCAGCCCGCCCCGAGGGACCGAGACAGGAGCUCCUUCCUGCAGGGUACAGACGCUCUCCGGCAAACUGGCCGGUGGUACCAUGAGGCCGGCGGGACGCGCGGCGCUGCUGGCGGCGCUGCUGCUCCUGGCACAACUGCGCCCGGGGAGCAGCCAGUGGAGCCCGGAGGCGGCGGCGGCCGGGGUCCAGGACCCAAGUCUGCGCUGGAGCCCCGGGACACGGAACCACGGCGGCGGGGCCCGCGCGCUCCUCUUGCUGCUGGCGGAGCGCUUCCCGCGCCGCGCGGGGCAGGGCCGAUGGGGAUCCGCGAUCACAGGCGAGCGGCCGCGACGGGACGACCCUCCGCUGUCCAUUGACCUCACCUUCCACCUGCUACGGACCCUGCUGGAGCUGGCGCGGACGCAGAGCCAGAGGGAGCGCGCCGAGCAGAACCGCAUCAUAUUCGACUCGGUGGGCAAGUGAUCGGCGGGGUCUGGGGCCCCGGAAAUCUCGACCCCCAUCCCCCACCCCCGGGCUGAGACGUGCGCGACAGGAACUGACCCAGUCCCGCGGGGCUAGAGCGGCCUAGGGAUACCCUGAGCACUCUCCGCGUUACUAGUUUUUAAUAAAAGUGCCGAAGAGCCGUUGGCCUCUGCUGCGGGGCGCGGGGAACCACAGCAGGGUGUAAACCCGUGGGAAAGUGGGGCUCCCAGGUCGGCGAGAGGGGACCAGAUGCUGCGGGAGGGCUCCGCGAGAACGGCUUUCAGCCAGGGUCCUGCGGUCCCCAUCGUCCCCAAGUCUCCCAGGAACUCAAGCCCCGGUGCCGCCGCACCACCCCCGACCCUCUUGGCACUGGGCUUGCGAAUCCGUGCCUGAUAUCGAGGAGGUGCCCAAUAGGGGUUCAUUCCACUUCCGCCCCCGAAAUGGUCCCAGAUUAGGAGAAGGUUGGGAUGGAUGGUGAUGCGAUCGUCGCCGAAGCCGAGGCUGAGAGAGUGAGCAGUGAAAGGAGCUGCGGGUCGGGACGCAUUAGCCCUUUAUUGAGCCCCUCCCCCGCGGCAGCGCUCCGAGCUGGGUGGCGGGUGGUCCCUGCUCAGGUCCUUCACCACCCGAGCGCCAGGCCGCGG